AUGAAGGAGGCGUUCGUCUGGAAUCUGAGCGGAGACACUGAAUGGGACUGCUGGUUACAGGAUGAAUGCCCUAGCAUUGACCGUGACUUUGGCCCCGGACUGGUUUUCGUUAUCGCCAAGCGCAUUCACGAACCUCUGGCGAUUCUCAACACGAAUGGUACUUGGAAGAUCCCACUCGCAGAAUGGGUUGAGCAUAACUUGACACCAGAACGGCGAAUCACACACCGGGCACUCACCUUUGAGACCAUAGCUGAGAAGACGCGUCACGUAGGCUCAUCGAAAGAGGUCCCUGUCAUGAGCGGCCAACGAAGUGUCCGAUCCUUGCCUUUUUCUCAAAAGGUCUUCCGAAGCCUGACAGCAAAAUUUCACACGCAUGGUUCGAUAGCUUCAGUUAUCAGCCGAGCUGAUAUUCCGGUCUUUUCUAGCAGCCAGGUACGACUGGAGGAUGAGAAUGGGGACGAUCAUCCCGCAUAUGUGUACAAUUGCCGAACAAGCAACGCCUGGGAGAUGGACCUAGCAUUAUCUGCGACCUACUUCCCCGAAUAUGGCCUUACCUUUGCUAUCAUAUUCGGCUGUCCUCUCCAAGUCGAGCAGGAGAUCCUGAUGAGGGUAGCGGCGUCACUUGCACAAUGUGAGCAUCCGAUGAUUCUACCAGGUAUUUUUGCCGAGCUAGAGAGGACACGACAUGUGAACUUCAUUGAAGCUGUGAUCGAUGAAAUAGAGACCAAGAUCUUCCAGCUAGACUUCACCCGAAAGGACAUGGAGGGCCUCCCUGAUGCCGAAACCGAGACCCGAAACCAACAGAAACGGUCAGCAUGGCUUGAUACUACCUAUCUCAGGAAUGGACUCAUCACUUGGAGCCGCCAAUUAGGGAAGAUGUCUCGCCAUGCUGAGGAAGUAGAUUUGACUGCCAACACAAGCCAUCCAAACUCCCGCUCUUAUCAUCCAUCCCGAACACAGGACAUGUCGAGUUUGAAGUAUCUAAAUGACGAGAUGCCUUGUGCCGAGGCGCUUGUUGAACACGACCAAGUUCAUUCCUGCUUUCAGAAGACAAAUGAGAAGACGGUGUCAACCAAUCCUGAAGUUCCAGUCCAAGGCAAGUUUGAACCUUACACUGAAAUCCGAAAGCUCAGAAUGUCUCCGCUUAGAGCUUCGCCCCGUCCUACAACGUCAAUUCAAGACCACAGUAGUGAUGUAUCAAAGGUGGAUGAGCGCAGUGAUGGGAUGGCCGCGGCUUCCCUACGUCGUAUUGGCCGUCGUAUUCAUGACCGACUUGAGGACAUCAUCGACGAAUAUGAUGAUAAAAUCAGAGACUGCACCAUGAGAAUCGAAGGCAUGGCGAUGGCGACUCAAUGGGCUUACGGAGAAACGAAUGUUCAGAUUGCUAUCGGCACGAAUCGUGACUCAAAGCUAAUGAGAUCUAUUGCCUUUGUCACCAUGUUCUUCCUCCCUGGGACCUUUCUAGCGAGCGUGUUCUCAAUGGGCUUCUUCAAGUGGGACGGGGACUCUGGUUCUGUAUCAAGCUACAUCUGGAUCUAUGCCUUGACGGUAGUGGUAUUGACUCUCCUAACCGUUGGUCUCUGGUGGUAUUUCAUUCAGUACCGUCCCUCAAGACGGUCCAAGAUGGCAAGAAGUGACGAGGAGGUUGGGUAA